UUACUUCAAACUUGACCAAACUCAACAAAUGAAUACCUAUUUCCCUUGAAACUUCCCACUUCCUUCUUUUAAACCAUGAGAUAUCAAAUGAACCCCCAAACCCCCCAUUUUCUGUUUUAAUGAGAUAUUAUGAAUAUGGAGGCAAGAGUUGGAACUGUUCAACAGCUUCUCGCCGGUGGUAUUGCUGGUGCUUUUGGCAAGACCUGUACCGCUCCCCUUUCUCGUCUAACCAUCUUAUUUCAGGUGCAAGGAAUGCACCCGGAUGUAUCAUCAAUGAGCAAGGCUAGCAUAUGGCGCGAGGCUUCACGAAUAAUUAAUGAAGAAGGUUUUAGAGCAUUUUGGAAAGGCAAUCUGGUUACCAUUGCUCAUCGACUUCCGUAUUCUGCCGUCAGCUUCUAUGCCCAUGAACACUACAAGAAUUUGUUGCAGUCUAUUCUUGGUCUGGAAAAUGAAGGGAAAAAUGCUAGUUCUGAUCUUUGUGUGCACUUUGUGGGUGGUGGGUUAGCUGGAAUGACUGCUGCCUCAGCUACAUAUCCUUUGGAUCUUGUAAGGACACGACUUGCAGCACAGAGAAAUUCAAUAUACUACAGAGGCAUUUGGCAUGCUUUUCAUACUAUUUGUAGGGAAGAGGGAUUUUUGGGCUUGUAUAAAGGACUUAGAGCAACACUAUUGGGUGUUGGACCAAGUUUGGCAAUAAGCUUUUCGGUUUAUGAGUCUUUGAGAUCUUAUUGGCAGUUGCAAAGGCCCAGUGAUUCCAAAAUCAUGGUUAGUCUUGCCUGUGGCAGUCUCUCGGGCAUUGCAUCAUCAACAGCGACAUUUCCUGUCGAUCUCGUGAGGAGACGUAUGCAACUGGAAGGGGCUGCCGGACGAGCCUGUGUUUACAAAACUGGGUUGUUUGGGACUUUCAGGCACAUAAUCCAGUCUGAAGGCCUUCGUGGCUUGUACAGAGGGAUUCUGCCCGAGUACUACAAGGUGGUUCCUGGUGUGGGCAUAAUCUUCAUGACCCAUGAGACUUUGAAGAUGCUUCUAUCAAGCAACCCUAUAAGUUAUUAGCAUCAUCUCAGACUCCCACUUUUUGGCAGGGUAAAAGGAAAUUAGGGUUAAAAAGGGAAAGAAGUCGGUUAAAUUAGGUCAAGAUAUUGUCCUGUGGUUCUGCUAACUGAGAAACACUGGUGGUAGGUUUUGCUUUUGUUGCCAUGAAUAGAAGUACAUCAUUGUGUAGCUCCAACAUGCUUAGGCCUUAACGUCCAUAGAAUUAGCACUUAUAGAUGAUUUUUAUUCCACUUGUUUGUAACCUGCCUCCAUUCAGGUCGGACGGGCUGCCAUUUUUCAAUUCUUUUGUAUUUGAAGCGAUAUUUAAUUACAAAUGAUGGUUAUUGA